AUGUUUCAGAUACGACACAUAUUCCUCUACAUUGUAGUAGUCGUUCUCUGCUUCGGUAGUAUUCUGGCACAGGAUGAUGUUGAUGAGCUUAGAAAGUACCAAAAAACAUAUGGAUUGAAGAACACUCCGCGCAAAAUCAAUACCAAGGCAUUCAAAGGAGAAAAUGGAAUCGGUCUGCGUGUUGUUAUCAACGCCCAGACCGUCGAUUUGAGCCUAGAACGAAACCCAAUAGCUCCGCUAGAUGGACACACUAGACAGUACACGUACAGGUGUUUCUCUGAGCAGUAUAGGAAUGAAAUGCUCUGCAGUGUAGCACUUAGGCCAAAUGGUGAUGUUCGCAGCAUGAUUGUGUAUUGGGGAGACGAGACAUGGAUCUUUGAAGGCAUCGGAGAUGGAAAGUCGAUGUUGUUUAGAGCUUCAGAUUUGGAAGAGUCUGGCUUCCAAGAUAUAGUCUUGUAUCCCCAGAACAAAAAGGCUCGAGCAAUGCAAGCGCGACGACACACAAAUGUGGACAAAACUUUACCGAGAAAUACUCAAUCAACAAUAUAUAAUGAUGACGAGCACGAGUUAAACGAAGUGUCCAAUUUUGGGUACACAUCCCACAAUAAACAUAGCCGGGCACGCCGGGCCAUCUACAAAGUCACACAAAUUAGAAUGACAUACGACAAGGUCUAUCUAACACGGCUAGCACAAUUGCAAGGAUUAAGCUCAUCGCAGGCUACAAUAUCACAAGCGGAUACUGUCACCAUGGUGCAAUUGAAUCAUAUGAAUACAGUUUAUGAAAACCAGGUAGGAAUAACAUUCCAACUAUAUCCAAAUUCCCGGGUACCAGGAUCCGCAUUUGCGAAUGGAAAUUACGGAACGAUCUCCGAUGGUAGCGCGAUACUUGAUUCUUUCGGCGAUGAUAUCAUUGGCAACGUUGGUGAUCUAAAUGUACUGAUGACUGGCCGGAAUCUAAUUAACAAUGUCAUUGGAUUAGCUUGGGUUAGUGGAGCCUGUGACAAAUCCUACAAUUCGGCUGUAUUGGCGCCACUCACCCUGCACGGUCUCUUCAUCUCCCAGGUAUCGCUUUUCGCGCACGAGGUAGGUCACAGUUUCAACUGUCAACACAAUACCGACCCUACAUCCUUGAUGUACUACUCAGAAAAUGGAUCUUUAAUGUUUGGUAGUACGAGUCGGAACGUGAUAGCUGCCCAUGUGAGGGAAGUCGAGGCCAAUAUAUACGGAUGGUAUCACGACCAGUGUUUCGAGGUGCAAUCUGUCGAUGAUAACUCCCCGUGUGAAAGUAACACAUGCGGUGCCGGCGGUACCUGUGUGGAGGUUGGUAGCUCAUACACUUGCCAAUGCAAUGCAGGAUUCAGACUUUCUAACGAUGGAUUCAAGUGCGAAGACGCUCUCGAUCAGUGCGUUGGUAAUCCAUGUGGCGAGGGAGGUGAUUGCUCGGAUGGCUUGAAUACCUACACAUGCAGUUGCAAAAUCGGCUACACACUCUCCAAUGACAAAAAGUCGUGUAUACACGUAUGUGCAAACAAGCCUUGCGGUGGUGGAACAUGCUCAAUAUCAGGCAAUGAUUAUAGUUGUAUCUGCGCCGGCACUGGUAUGGAAGGACGAAACUGCGAGACAGAUGUUAAUGAAUGUGUAAGAGAUGCGCCUUGUGCGCACGGAGAUUGUGUCAAUAGUGUAGGAUCUUUCGGAUGCGUAUGCGAUGCAGGUUAUAGUGGUACUCUUUGCGAUGUUAACACAAGGUGCGACGCAACUCCCUGCAUGAAUGGUGGCGAGUGCUCCCCGAGCAACUCGGCCGCUGGAUACACUUGCAAUUGUUACGGAACUGGCUUGACCGGACAAUAUUGCGAAACUGACAUUGAUGAGUGCGCAAGCACACCCUGUGUGCAUGGAGAGUGUAGAAAUGGCAUCGAUUCCUUCGUAUGUGCAUGUCAGACUGGAUAUGGUGGGAUACUAUGCGAACAGAAUCAAGAGUGCGAAACAGGUUUCUGUUGGAACGGAGUCACGUGUCAGACUAGUGACUCAGCAGUUGGGAAAACCUGUACCUGCGUAGAGGGAUAUGCAGGGCCCCAGUGUGGGACGCGUAUUGGGACGUGUGCCGACGGUGAUGCGUGUCUGAAUGAUGGACUUUGUACCACCAAUGCAGACAAUACAUACAACUGUGAGUGCCCCCCCGGAUAUAAAGGUGCCAGAUGUGCACAGAAUAUCAAUGAGUGUAUAACGGCUAACACGUGUGUAGUGGACAAUACAGUGACGUGCCGGGACAAACACCUUGGCGUGGUGUGUGAGUGCAAACCUGGCUAUAGCGGAGACAACUGUCAAAUAGACUCAUGCACGUGCCUAAACGGCGGCACUUGCGAGUUGGAUCACUAUGGAGUGGACAUGUGUAGAUGCCCUUUGGGUUAUCACGGUACCAGUUGUGAAAACCUACCACUAUUGAAUCGUAAUCAAGAGAAUGCUUGCGCGAUGAAUGAAAACCCUUGCAAUGGUAGAGGAAACUGCCGCAAUAAAGACAUAGGAGAUGAUCUCACAGAACCCGAGUGCAUGUGCUUUGGCGGAUUCGACAGCGGACAGACACAGACACGGCGACAGCCACGGACACAGAAACAGGCACACAGAGUCACAGACACAGGCACAGUCACAGACACAGGCACUGACAUAGACAAAGACACAGACGCACAAACACACAGACACGGACACAAACACAUACGCACACACACGGACACACACACACACACAUAUACAGACACGGAACGGACACGGACACGGACACAGACACAGACACAGGCACAGACACAGACACAGACACAGACACAGACAUAG